CGCCCCCGCUCGUUUCUUUGACUGGACGUUAGCCAGCAAGAUGGUGUCUCAGGGCGUUCAGAUGAUCGGCGUCUCCAUGGCGGCGGUGGGCUGGUUGAUGGUCAUUGUGGUCUGCGCGUUGCCCGUGUGGAAGGUGACGGCCUUCGUGGGAGCCAACAUCAUUACGGCGCAGACUGUCUGGCAGGGCCUGUGGAUGAACUGCGUGGUGCAGAGCACGGGACAGAUGCAAUGCAAGGUCUACGACUCCAUGCUGGCGCUGGCACAAGACCUGCAGGCCGCCCGGGCAAUGAUCAUCAUCUCCAUCAUCACCGGGAUUUUCGGCGUGAUGCUGUCCAUCGUGGGCGGCAAGUGCACCAACUGCAUGGAGGAGGAGGCCUCCAAGGCCAGGGUGUCCAUCCUGGCUGGCGUCCUGUUCCUCGUAUCCGGGCUUCUGUGCCUCAUUCCCGUGUCGUGGUCGGCCCACGCCAUCGUCACCAACUUCUACAACCCUUUGGUCUUUGAGGCCCAGCGUUACGAGCUGGGGGCAGCCUUGUACGUGGGCUGGGCGGCCGCCGUGCUGCUGCUGAUUGGUGGGGGGCUCCUGUGCUGGAACUGCCCCCCCAAAGGCCACCAGAACGCCCGCUAUGUCCCCAAAUUCACACCUGUGAAGUCGCCUUCCACUUCGAGGGAAUAUGUGUGAAACAUUGUUGAAGGGAUUUGGAAGUUCAACAACAACAAAAACUCAAGUGGCAUUAGCAGUGAAUUGAUGGAUUCUACAAGGUGUACCCCACCAAAAAUGGAUUCACAUUUGCAAUUUGUUACAUAUUCACAGAAGUUAUUUUGAACCUAUCCUCGUUUUUUUGUUGAAAAACUUGCCUCUUUCCCAC